GGCCAUGAAAUCAUUUAGAUUUUCGUGAAAGUCAUUCUUGGUUGAGGUUAAUAAUAGUUCUUGCUAAAAAUUAUAAGCGAAACAGCUUAAAGUGGUGUUAAAAUAAAUAAUUUGUGAACAAUGAAUACCGAACAAAUCCUCGAAUACGACAUUAAACAAUGUUUAAAAUUGAUAACAGUUGGUAAAGAUAUAGACGUUACUGAAGGAUGGACCAGACUUAAAAAAUUAGAAAGUGAGCCCAUAUAUGAACAGUUAAAUAAUUAUGAGACUAUUUUACGAGAGAUACUCAACGAUGAGAUAAGAAAUGUACAAGAAAUUCCAAAGAUCAUGAUUUGGUUUUCAAAAUAUUUAAUGGAAAAACCAUUUUCUAUUCAUCCAAUAUCAAAUGAUGUUGCAACAAUGUUAAGGAAUACAGAUAUCAGUGAUAUGUCUCAUCUGACAACGAUACUUCAAGUAUUAUUAGAGCACAGUAUCUAUUUACCAGACUCUGUGAGUCAUUCGAAACUCUGUGAAGCAGUUGUUAUUAGUUUAUCUACUUUUGUAAUGCCAUGUGAUCCAAAAAAAAUUUCUGAAUUCAAUGACAAUGCUACUAAAGUACAAAACUUCCUAAAAGUAGUAAGGUCAAAGUCUAAGAAUAUUGAAAAUGAUAACUUAAUUUUCAUAUGUUUGCAAACAUUGUAUAGAAUAAUAUCUGAUACAAAACAAAAACAAGAUCCUGGGCCUGGUUUGGCUGCUGUAUUACAAGUGGUAGAACCUUCUAUUAUACCACAAGCUGUUAAUUGGAUUCUUUCAGAAUCUCAGUCUGAUGCCCAACUAGCUCAAGCUUUAAAAGUUUUAUGUAGUUGGCUUCCAAAAUGGAUAGGUGAUCGACUUAGUAUUUGGAUUAUGGAGUUUAUACUUGGCUUAGAAAAACGGCACAAAUAUUCCAUACUUAUUGAAGUCACAAAAGCAAAACUUGAUGUAAUGUUUCGUGCUUUAUCAGUACCUGUAUUUCGUCAAAAUGCUUCCAUAAUUAUAUUUUAUAUAUUAAAAAGACAAGGAUCUCCAUCCUUGUUUCAAAAUAUAGUAAGAAACACACAAAUGGUGAUAUCUUUUUUUCUAAUGAAAGAAGAUUCUGAAUCAAGUAAAGAAUGCAUACAAAAUUUGGUUGAUAUCAUGAAGAUACUUACAUUAAGAUUUUCAAAUCAGCGUGUCUGUAAUAAUUUGGAAAGCAGUUUUCCAGUACAGCCACGAAUGCAUAUUGUUAAAGAAGUAUGGAAUGAACAUGUUUGGGUAGAUGAGAUGGAAGAGAUUGAACCAAUAAUUGAAUCACCAAAAACACAUUUGGGGAAAGUUGGACUUUCUAAUCUUGGAAAUACAUGUUAUAUGAAUAGUGUAUUACAAGCAUUGUUAAUGACUAAACAAUUUUGUUACGAAGUAUUAAUGUAUAAACCUAUGAGCAAAGCUGAUGAUCAAGUUGUACUUAAAAAGUUGCAAAAUUUAUUUGCUUUGUUACUAUAUUCAAAGAGGAUUUCCUUGGCACCAACUGAAAUUUUAUUGGCUUCACGUCCUGCUUAUUUUCUACCAGGCCAACAACAAGAUAGUUCAGAAUUUCUCUGUCAUCUUUUAGAUCUUUUACAUGAGCAAGAAAAGUCAACUACCAUAAAUGUUGAAGCUAAUAAUUCUAAUCUUAAAUACAAGGAUGAUAGAGAGAUAAAUGAUAUUUCAUCAAUAAGCGAAGAAGGAGCUAGUAUUAAGCGCUGGACAACUGAAGAAGAUUUAAGUGGAAGUAUUGUAUUAGAAAGAAAAACACAAUCAUUAGCAGAUUUUACUCAAGGAGAAGAUUUGGCACAAGUACAACAACUUAGUGAUUCACAUUCAGAUUCCACAGAUAGUGGAAUACAAUCUGUAGGUGGGGAAGAUACAAAUACACAAGUAGCUCUUGUACAUAGAGUAUUAGGUGGAAAAUGUAAAAUCACGUAUCAGUGUGCUCAGUGUGAUACUAGUUCUCAUAAUACAGAUAAAUUUCGUGAUUUACAAUUGUGCUUCCCAGAAGAGAUUCAAGAGAAUCAGGAAGUUUCUGUACAAGAUCUCAUCAAUUAUUAUCUUACACCAGAGAAAUUGACUGGUGAAAAUAAAUAUCGUUGCGAUAAAUGUAUGAAAUUAUGCGAUGCACAAAGAAUCAUAAAAAUUUUACAUGCACCAACAUAUUUAAUUUUAAUAUUAAAACAUUUUCGUUAUGAUUUCGAUACCAGAUUAAGAACGAAAUUACGCCAUAAAGUGAUGUAUAAUGAAACUAUACAAAUGCCAGUAUCUACACCACUGUGCACAUCUACAGAAAGUUAUCAGUUGUAUGCCGCUGUUGUUCAUUCAGGUUAUAGUAUGGACUAUGGCCAUUAUUUUACUUAUGCUCGCGAUUCUAAACAAAACUGGUACAAAUUUAAUGAUAGUUAUGUUUCACAAACGACGUUUAAUGAUUUUAAAGAUCUGAAACCACCAGACACACCGUAUAUAUUAUUUUAUGAAAAAAGUGUGCCGUUUGAAGGACUUUAUGACGAAGAUAAACCUGAAUUAUCGACAUUAAGUAAACAUUUACAAGAAUUGGUGGCAAACGAUACUACAGCUUAUAUCGAAGAAUUGAGGCAUCAAGCCGAAAAACCUCAACGCGGACGACAUAAUUCAAUGUUAUUUCGGAAGAACGAGAAUUCCGAUGAUGAAAACCCUCCACCUAGUAACUGUCGGGGUGCAAUUGAUAUGCCUGCGAGUCGUUUCCUUUAUUAAGUUAUUUUAACAUUUAAAUAUUAUAUUCUUUUAUAAAAUUAAUUGAAUAUUCCAGGUAAAUUUGUAAUACAUUUUCCUUAUGUUAGUAAGAAAAACAGAGUUCCUUUAUAAGUACAGUGCUAUUAUACCAAUUGGUGUAAACUCAUUCAAGAACGGUAUUGUAUUGAGAAAAUUUCUACAUAUUUGUUUGCUGUCGUUCAAACUUUCUCAACAAACUUUCUGAUAUACGUUGUUGCUGUAUAUGUCUAUAUGUUUAGGACAAAUUUGUAUAUGAUUGUAUAUUUCGCAAUUGUUUUUAAUAUUUAAAUAAUAUAUCGAAAAAAAUUGUUAACAUUAAUAUUGCAAUAUUAAAACAUUGUAAAGUAUAUAUAAUGAGUAUUCGCGAAUAGUACUUAGCACUUGUUUCUUACAAGUUUGAAACAGUCUUUUUAAAAAAACAAAAUGUCAAUGAAUCAGUUCAUAAAAUUACGAAAAGAAGAAUUAUUACAUUGUUAUUAUUGGAAAGUGUAUUAUAAAAUUGUGAUGGAAAGAGAAUACAAACUCAGUAUUUUAUAAGAAGUUUAAUGUAAUUGGCUGUGUUUUUACAUAGUGUAUGCAUACAGGAAACAGUAUUUACGUAAUAUUCGAAAUACUAUCAAUUUUAUAAUCAUACUUUUGUCACGUUUUCGCACACAAUGAUUUGAUACCAACUUGAACAAAUGCCUUUUGUCAUGUAAAAAACACACGUGUUAUGUGUUAAACAAUUUUAUAUUAACAUUCAUUCUGGCUUCUAACAUUCAUUAUUCGUAAAUUGCUAAAUAUAUUGUACAUACAUUUAUAACAGACUUGACAAAUGGUAGUUGUAUUUACAUAAUUGUUAUAAAAUUAGUCAAUGGGUUUGAAUUUCUGUUAGUCGUGGUUAGAAUUGUAAAAUUAAAAGAAAAGUAUAAGAAUAAUAGCAGCUAUAUCAUUGUAAAUAUAUAUAUUUUAAUUGUAAUUAUCUUAAAGAGAAAAACUCCAAGCAUUACAAAUCUGUGAUAAAUUUAUACUGUCAAAUUGAUAUAUUAAUUUCUUAGCUCAGUAUUCAACAGAUAAAAAAUACACUAUCUAUCUUAAUUUAUAAUUGACAUACUGUAGUGUACAAUAUUUACUAGGUUUUAUGUAUUUAUAAAUUUCUUUAGACUGGGCAUGAAUAAAUUAUUCAAAAAUAUCCUUUUGUUGUAGACUUAAUAAGUUGUAUUUAUUGCUCAUUUAAUAUCUGUUGUUCUAGAAAACAACGUAAAGAGAAUACAUGAAUAUUAUGUCUACUUACAGGGUAAAAAAUAAACAUUCGAUUAACAUUUUAUCGCAUAAUUAUAUUGUAAUUAUUAAUGAGAUUAUUUGCGUGCGGUGCAGCCAUUUUCUGUUCAUUAGUUUAAUAAUAUAGUAAUGUAAAUUACGUGUGAAAGACUCACUAAACUAUAGUUAGAAAUAAUAAAACGAUAACCUACGAUCAACUGAG